AUGAUGCCUUUUAACAGAGGCCGUUUUCCCGCGAACAAUCCCAUGUUGCCGGCUCGAGGUACUCCCUCACCCGAACCAGAGGCAUUCGAAGAGACAACCCAGAACAGUCCCUCCGGCGAUGAGCCAAUGUCAUCAAGAAAACUACGAGACAGAUCGGACAGCAUCUCGCCGCCUCCAGACUACGUCCCACCCCCACGAGAUCACUCUCCUCCACCACCAACGCUCCAGAUCCCCGAGCCAACGCUUCCACCGCCAGGAUACAAGAUACCCAAGUCACCACCACAAGAUCCCUCUCUUCCACCAUCGACAUGCAAGCUUCCCGCCCCGCGCAAGUACUUCAAACACCGCCAAGAACUUGUCGAUGAGUACCUCGCCGCUCUCGCCCAGAAGCGCAAUGAUAGCAAUAUCGACUAUAAACUUCUCAGCGAGGCCGCUGCCAUUAUGACGAAGCAAUUGAAAGCGCAGCAUGAGUGGCUCAAUCCUAAUGCUCAGCUGAGGCUGUCACUUCCUGGGUGGUUUGUACCAGGGGUGGCCGAGGCUCAGGAUCAUCUGUUGCACCGGAUGAAGUAUACGGGCUGGGCUCAACGAGGUCCUGAGGCGAUAGCGCAGCAGUGGGUUCACGGAGUCUAUAAGGACGGUCCAGGACAAGCAGCGAGGGAUUUGGCGAUAAGGAAGAGGGGGCUGAUCAGUCCGUUUUGA